AUGGGUGGCGGCAGUCCGCAGGCCCUCAGUCGCGCGGCGUCAGCGGGCAGCCACCCGGUGCCAAGAGCAGCUGCAGCAGAGCAGCUAGAUGCCAGAAGCGCCCUGGAGGUCCUCGGGAUCAACGGCAACACGUCCAGCGCGCGCGCUGAGCGGCCGCACCUGGUGAUGCUCCAGGAGAUCCGCUCGGCGCCUCAGCAGCUGGGACAGGCUGCAGGGCGCGCCAAGGGACUGGGCGACGCGGCCUUUCUGCACGCGGCGGCCCCCCCGGGCAACGACGGGCCGCUGGCCCACUCUGGCGGCGCGGCCAGCAAGGUCCAGCGGCAGGUCCACAGCGACCUCAAGCAGCGCAUGAUCAGGGUGACCGUCUCCGCGGCCUCGGGCCUCGAGAUGCUGGCGUCGUCGCUAUACGUCCAGGACUCCCUCGGGCCCAAGGGCAUCAAUUUGGAAGUGUUCGCAGUCUUCGGUGGCAUGGUGCUGCCCGCGGGGCUGCCGCGGCUGACGCAGAGCGACUUCAACAUGGCGCCGGGCACCCUCAGCGAGCUCGGGUGGCCCAGGGCGCAGCGCGGCGCUCACCUGGGGCCAGCGGAGCCGACGUGCAUCGCCCAGGGCGCCGAGCACGUCUACGACAGGUUCGCUAGCUCGCACUGCCUCGCCCGCGGCGUCGCCACCGCGGAAGUGCUGGACGGCUCCGUGCUCUUCCCGCAUAAGCCCGCGCAUCUCCUGCUGCAGGACGCCAGGCCCGACGCGCUGGCGCUGGCCCGGGCGCUGGCCAGGCCAGCGCGUUUCCCCGACGUCGACGCGGAGGACUGCAAGGCCCACGAGGAUGCGGAGACGCAGCUCUGCCGACGCGCGGUGCGCGCCAAGUGGGAGACCAAGCCAGUCCGCUGGCACUGCGAGGUCGGCAGCCGCCCCCCCGACUUCGCUGCCGCGGUCCGCCAUUGGACGCAUGCCGUCGAGGGCGCGCUCGUCGGCGCCCACGUCAUCAGGACCGCGGAACUCAAGCGGUACCUCGGCAGGGAGCACAGCCACAAGCACUCCGCCCUCGCGCGCCGCAUUCGCCAGGCGCUGGGCGUUGCGCUGCAGCGCCUCACGGCAAGGCGCGCGCGCAGAUGGCACGCCACCCACCAGCGCUGGCACGAGCAGCUGGCCGACCGCUGCGCCGCCCUGCUGGAGGGGGCCACCGCCGCAGCUUGCAUCGAGGAUGAGGUGGGGGCCCUCAGCUUCGACACCAGCGAGUGGCGCGACCUGACAGGGCAAGCUGGAGACCACAUGGACACGAAGGUGUCAUCGCAGUCUUGCAGACGCGCCAUGCUGGCUCUCAGCGGCGAGAUGGG